UAGUGGAGUCAGAUUGCGUCUGAUGUUUUUCUCUUUAUCUGUGACUGACUAAUGCAAGACAUACAGUUAAAUAACUAAGCAGCAAGCGUCUAGUCCUCAGGAAUGAAAAUAACACACUCAAAACGUUAAUUUAGGAACCUUUUAUUGGAUCGUUCCUGUAAAUAGUCAAGCAUUCAUUCAAACCAACUACUAGGGGAUUGCGCUAUUCAGAACCAUGGAUUUGCACAUUCUGGAUCACAGACUGCGAGUGACCAGUAUUUGCAAAAAUGGUCUGGUCAAUUUCACUCACCCCCUCAUCAAACUAAUUUUCCUGCGGAACAGAGCAAGAUGCAAGUUCUUCAGUCUGACAGAGACCCCAGAGAACUACACUGUUGUCCUGGAUGAAGAGGGAUUUAAAGAGUUGCAGCCCUCAGAGCAUCUACUGGUCGAAAGUUCCGUGUGGCUGCCACUCAACGUGGUCUCCAACGGCAACUCCUCCAGCAGCUCGCAGGCGGUGGGCGUGACCAAAAUCGCUAAGUCUGUCAUUGCCCCAUUGGCCCAGCAGCACGUGUCAGUCUUCAUGCUCUCGACCUAUCAGACGGACUUCAUCCUGGUGAGGGAGAAGGACCUGGCUGUUGUUAUUAACACACUGGAGGAGGAGUUCAACAUCUACAGAGAGGUGGGGGGAGAGUACUCUGCUGUUCUCAGCCAAGAUGUCCACAAUGGCUUCCAGAAGAACGGCAAAGAAGCCCCCCAGCUGACAGUGCACCCUUUGCUGAUACCUCAGAACCAGUUCUGUGUGAUGAGUCUGGACCCAGACACUCUGCCUGCCAUCGCAACAACACUCAUCGACGUUCUCUUCUACUCCAACAGUCCUAAAGAGGGCGCUCUUCCCAGCCAGGACCUGGACUGUAUCAAGUUCUUUUCCUUCUCUCUGAUCGAUGGCUACGUCUCUCUGGUCAUGGACACAGAGGCACAAAGACAGUUCCCUGCUGAUCUUCUCUUCACAAGUUCCUCCAGGGAGCUGUGGAGAAUGGUGCGCAUUGGGGGACAGCCUCUGGGUUUCGACGAGUGUGGCAUUGUUGCCCAGAUAUCCCAGCCCUUAGCCGACAACGACAUCUCAGCCUAUUAUAUCAGCACCUUCAGCUUCGAUCAUGCCCUGGUACCUGAAGAGGACAUAGUGAGUGUGACUGAGAUGCUCCGGCAGCACAGGAAAGAGCCAGCCUGCUGAUGGCAACCUGGCGGCUUGGUCCAUACUACACCCCUCUCCGUGUCCUGGGGCAGUACAGGUCUGAAGAGAGAUGCGAACUCCGUGCCUAGACUAGCACUGCAGCGUGAGCAGUAUUAACCAUAAACUUUGUUGCCAUGACCACCAAAAGCGCUUCAAGGAAGGGGUGUCUGAAGAGAGCCUCUUGUCUUCCCAGAAUUCCCUGGGAGACGCAUUGUUUGGAGGCUGCCAGGACCCCUGACCAAUGGGACAAGGGGAUUGGUGAACUGAAGUACUGUUGUGAUGAUGGUAACACUGUACUUAAGGCCUGCAGGUAUAAUGCAUUAUGGUGCGGUUGUUUUCAUUAGAAGACUUGUUGUAGGCAUAUAUAACCCCCUCAUGUCUUGUUAUCGUCUCAUAAAGAUCCUGACUAAAUAACAGCCAUCGAGUCAUAGCCCAUGCCUUGUAAUAACGCAUUAUAAAGGCUUGUACAUGUUUAUAACAUGUAAUAAUGCAUAAUACCCGCAGUUUAUAAAAUGUAACCGUGAUGGAUUUUCUUAUGCUACUUACCUGCUUGCCGCAGGGCACAAACAUGUUACUAUAAACAACACGGCUGUCUUCCAGUGGUGUUCAUAUCGUAAUGCUGUGUCAGAACGCCACCCUUUGUGUCAAAGGUCAAGUUAUUUCAUGGUUGAGUGAAUUAUGUGAAGCACAACUUAUGCAUUGGUAAAACAUCAUUCUCCACUGGUGCUUUUCUUUUCCUUUUUUUCACCAUAUCUACACAAAUUGUACUUGUCGUAAGGCACAUAAAUGGGCUAAUCGCACCCCAAUAACUGAAGACUCUCAGUGAUGUCAGCACAAGUCUUAUUUUGGACAAUCACAUUAGAGAAAAAAAGACACCCCCCAAAAAAAGUUUGAGGUGUAUUGGUGGAAAUUAGUGUUAAUUGUUAAACAUAUCAGAAUGAUAUUUUCUUGAAAAACGUACGCAGGCAAUACGAGGGGGAAAAAAUAACAUGCCAUGAUUUAUCCAGGUUAAAGAGUAGCUUUAUUCCGUGAUGCAGUUUCAACAUCAAUAUUUUUUUAAGGGUCAACAUUUCUGUACUUUAUUGUCUUAUUCUUCAAUUUUCUUUUUCAAUUUGCACAAUGAAGACAUUUAUUAUUAAAUAAUGUAUUGGUUCUGGACUUCAUAAUGGAUACCUUGUCACCUCAUUUUUUCCCCCAGUUAACAUUUGAUUGUUAAUUUACGUUUGUAUGGAUGAAUUUACACUAAAAUAGCUUAGAUAUGGGUUUGAGGCAUUACACAUGCUAAGUUAUGCAAUGUCUUCAUGACAACUGUUGUGUUUCUUCAGACUUGUUGAGUGGACUUGUAAUCUAUAUUAGAUGAGUGGGUGUGCAUUUAAAUGGGAGGAGAAAGUUCCACACUAAAAGAUGACAUUUUUAUAGAAAUUCUAAGAAAAUGUGACAUUUCCUUUAUUGGUUGUGGUUGAGACACUCGUAUAUUAGAGUUGAUCAAGUUAUCAUAAGUGUCUCGUUCGCACACCAGCACAGAAGAACUCUAACAGACUUACAAUAUGUUUGGUAAAUAUUUUUACUGUACUCUUACAACAACAGUUAACCAUUUGUGACAUACUUGGAUUGUUAAAAGAAUAACCUACUA